UCGAUAGAUUGAAUCACGCUAGCGCAGCGUCAAACAAAACAACUCGCCUUCACUUUUUGUAUUGCCUUGCUUGAAAUUGUCAACCGAAAGAGGCUGCCGCCAAAGAUGCCGCUCCAGGCCGUUUGCAUUGAGUUGCGCCCAAAUUUGAGCAGCGGCCAUGUUUUUUUGCAAUUUGAUCAAGAAAUACGCGAUCGCCAAAAGACGCGCCUAAUCAUCAAGGAGCACGACGUGCACAUCGUCGAAAAUGGCACAGACAGCACUGAAAGUGAGCUGGUGCUGCGUCACGACAGCUUCGGCAUGGACAUACAACGCAUUUCGGUCUUCAUUGUCAAUGGCUGUCACAUAAGCUUCCGAUUCAACUACACGACCAUCGAUCUCGAGGCGCUGGAAAAUUGCGUCGGUCUUCCAAUGGCGCCACAGCCGCUGCUGCUCAGCUUUGCGGAGCGCACUCAGACCGUGUCGCUGCACUGCAGCAAUUGUCACAACCAGCUGGUGCCCGGCUGCAGCUACAGUCGCCUGCGCGAGUUCCCCAGCGGAAUCAUCGAUCCCAGUGAGUUCUUUUGCCACAAUCACGGCACAGUGACCAAGCCGGCCACACUGGUGCCCCGUCGCGAUGAUCUCUAUUACGGGCUCAAUCACGUUGUACUCAACAUGACCGCUGUGGAAGCUCAGGUCAUUAACCGCUCGGAGCAUCUCUAUUGCAAGCGCUGCAUGUGGAUGUUGGGCUUGACCAUAGAAUCGGGCUCUGCCGCCAAGCUCUGGGCAGAUGCAUUGCGCUGGCUGCCGUCUGCGGUCAAGACCGAGGAUGCAACACAGCAGGAGCCGCGCCAGCUUUUUAAGUACUCGACCGUGACGCAGCUAUUGUUGCGUCUGCUGAACGACCUGUGGCCCACAUUCUGUCCUGGCAACAGUCGCGCCCUGCUGGUAGCCAACAUGCCCGAUCGGCAUCAGCACUAUAUGCUUAUCCAAGUGCUCGAUCCGCAGCUGUCCGUGCUGCGCCGCACAGGCAGCGAGACGCCAAAGUGUACCGAUCCACAACAGUUGCAGCAUUCGCGCGCCUGCAAGCUAUACUUUCGAGUGUUUGGUAGCUGUCAACAGGAUCCGACGACACUGAUACAGUGGCAGGAGCAGAUGCAGGUGCCCAAAAUGACCAUAUCGCCGUAUAUGUUCCUGGAGCUGCAAGCACGCCUUAAUUGCAACUCAAUGCUCAUACCGCAUGCCUGGCGCUACAAUACAGCCGAGGAGAAGCUGCUGCUCACCUACUUUUUCUACGAGAACGAACACCAGGAGCUGCUGAACCAGCAAAAGAAGAAGGAGGGCCGUGUCAAUACUGUGCAGACAAGCCAAAAACCUACGCAGCAGCCGCAAGAGCAGAAGAAGCAACAGCAGGAGCUGCAGCAGAAGAAGCAACAGCAGGAGCUGCAGCAGAAGAAACAGGAUGACUAUGAGACUGAUGCCGGUCUGGAUGCCAGUUUGGAUGAGGCGGAUGAAAGCGAUGACGAGCGCUCGGACUCGGACAGCGAACUGACCUCAUCAUUGCUCAACAAAUCCGUACCAAUUAUGGCCUACGAGCAGAACCUGGUCAAGCGCUGGCCGCUGCAGAAGAAGCGCAAGCAACCGCAGCCACCAAAUGCAAAUCCAGAUACCAGCGACUAGAAACUGGGCGUGGCUCAGGUGUUCUACAAUGUUUUUUUUUUUUUGUUUGUCCAGGAUUUCUUGCGUAUGAAAUGAA